AUGAGCGGCAUGAUGAACCGCUUCGCAGCGGCAGCCCUCUGCCUCGCGGCCGCCGCCGGCGACGAGGGCACGACGCGCGCCACCUGCGAGGCCCUGGCGGCGCAGCGCGGCCUCGCGGCGGGCGCCGCGGCCUGCGGCUUCGGCGAGGGCCCGCGCUGGGUCGCCUACAACAACCUGGGCCUCGCGCACUACGUCGGCGGGCGGCCGGCGCUGGCGCGGCAGCACUUCGCCCGCGCCGCGCGGCUCGCGCCCCUGGAGCCCGUCGCGCUGGCGAACCUGCUCUGGCUCGAGGUCGUCGAGAACCGGGCCGAGGCCGAGGAGACGACGGCCGUCGUCGCGGAGCUCGCGCGGCGCGCCGAGGCCGCGGCCGUCGCCGCGGCGCUGGCGACGCUGGCCGGCGCGCCCGCGGACUCGCGGCUCGGCGCGGCGGCGACGGUCCGCGGGGGCGUGAAGUCGUUCGCGCUGCACGGCAACGCGUCCGUCGCCUUCGAGCGGACCGCGGAGGGGACCGUCGCGGUCCGCGCGGAGCGCCCGCCGCGCUGGGCCGCGGACGAGCGCGAGCCCGGCGACGACGCGCCCUGGGCGCCGCCGGCCUCGGCCGGCGGCGCGGCGCUCGCGGUCGCGGAUUUGGAGUUCGGGCCCGUGCUCUGCGACUUCCCGGGCAUGAACUCGACGGCGGGGCGCCUCGCGGGCGACGCGCGGUACCUCGAUUUCGUCAAGCGCUGGGUGACGGGCUUUUUGGGGACGCCGCGGCUGCGAGACGCCGCGGGCCCGCUCGACGGGGCCCUGGAGCCGUCGGGGCGGCCGAACGUCUUCGACGUCGGCUUCGAGAACGUCGCCGCGGGCGGCGCGCGGGCCUGGGACGACGCGGGCAAGGGCGGCGUGCUGAGCUUCGCCCACGUCGGGUCGCUGAACCUGCUCCAGGCCGCCGUCGAGGACGUCUGCGCGCGCGGCGUCGCUGGCGACGUCGCCGAGUGCGGCGUCUUCCGCGGCGGCACGGCGGCGCUCGCCGCCGCGGCCCUCGAGGCCUUCGACGCGUCCGACUCGAGGCGCGUCUUCGCCGUCGACUCCUUCGCGGGCAUCCCCGAGGCGACGGGCGACGCGCACACGGGGUCGUGGCCCGCGCGGUCCUACGCGGCGCCGGAGGCGGACGUCGCGCUCCACUUCUACCAGGUCGGCGCGGGCGAACGGCUGCGCAUCGUCAAGGGGCCCUUCGCCGCGUCGCUCCCGGCGGCGGCGGAGCCCGCGCGCGUCGCCGUGCUGCGCGUCGACGCGGACACGUUCGAGGGCACGCGCGACGCGCUCGACCACCUCUACGACCGCGUCGCGCCGGGCGGCCUCGUCAUCGUCGACGACUACCACCUCGGCGGCUGCCGGCGCGCCGUGCGCGAGUUCCGCGAGGCCCGGGGCGUCGCCGCGCCGCUCCUCCCCGCGCCGAUCGACUACGUCCUCACGUGCCCGCGGCUCCCGGCCAACAAGCGCGCGCUGCUCGCGGAGGACGUCCUCCUCCACGGCCGCCGCAUCCUCCAGCCGCAGAUGUUCGUCGCCCAGAACGUCUACUGGCGGAAGCCCUCCGCGACGGGGGGCCGGCGCGGCCGGCCGCAGUCGGCGGCGGCGAGCAUGGACGCCGGCCCGAGCCUCGUGGACGUGCUCACCGUCAUGAGUGACCGCGUCGAGGCCGCCAAGGUCCUCGCGCGGCUCGAUGCGCCGGAAGUGGACGAGAGCAUGCACGCGCGGCUCUUCCGGGAGAUCGCCCAGCGCGAGGCGGAGAUGGAGAAGCUUCAACGUCUCGACAAGAAGAUCCACAACGAGCUUCAAAAUCUCGACGAAAACAUCAAUAAAAUGAGGGACUUCGUCGACGGCUCGCGCGUGGCGCGGAAGGCGGCGCCCGCCACCGUCGGGCAGAUGAGCUACGCGCACGUCCCCACGGCGACGAAGUCGAAGUUCGCAGACUGGAAGCAGUUCAGCGCCGCGAAAAGGACGCUCCGCGUCUCGUCGACGGUCUCGUUCCUCUGCCUCGUCGACUUCCUCGUGAACCCCGCCACCAUCCUCAACCGCGCGGUCCAGGACAUCGUCCAGGGCAUCAAGGAGCGGAAGAACUACCUCGCGCCCAACAUCAAGUAUCUGCGAAACAUGCGCAUGCAGUACCAGCAGUGGGAGGCGCUCGAGCUCGAGGAGCGCGACUGGCCGCGGCGCGAGGCCGAGCAGGCCGCGCAGGCGGCCAAGGCCGCCUACGCGCGCUGGGCGAACGAGGCCGCCUUCGCCGCGGGCGCCGCGCUGGCCGCGGAGCGAGAGCGCGUCCGGCGGGCGGACGAGGAGGCCUUCGACGCCGCGGACCGGGCCCUCGCCGCGCGCGCGGCCUUCGUCGCGAGGGAGGACGAGGACGCGCGCGUCGCCUCUGACGGCGCCGCGGCCUUUCUGGCCGCGCUCGCGGCGUCGCGCGACGAGGCUCGGCGGGAGCUCGACGCGUUCCUGGACCACUGGCGGGGCGACGACACGUGCCGGGACGCGGUCGCGGCGGCGCUCGCGGCGCGCGGCGCGGGGCCGGGCGCCUUCGACGUCGCCGCGGCGGCGUCGCGGCGCCGCGGCGGCUUCGCGGCGCUCCGGGCCGUCGUGCGGAAGCGCCUGCCGGACCUCGACGACGAUUUGGUCGAGGAGGUCGCGCACGUCGCGGCCGCGCGCGCGCCCGCGGCGCCCGUCGCGGCGCCGGCGGCCGCGCCGGCGACGCAGGACGACCUCUUCGAGCUCGACGGCAAGCUCCUGCGGCUCGCGGGCAGCGUCGACCGCCUCGCGGACCGCAUGGACGCGAACGCGGCGCGGUUCUCGUCGUCGACGGUCCGGGGGCUCGUGGAGAACGCGGACGCGCCGCACCGGGGCCGGCGCCACGCCCAGGACCGGCUCGCCGCCGGCAUCAGCGCCGCCGGCGCCGGCGCCAACGGCGCGCGGCGCCAGCGCCAGCGCCACUCGCGGUCCGCCGCGGCGCUGCCCGCGGCCUCGAAGACGCGCUUCGCGGCGGCGAGCAUCUCGGGCGACGGCGUGCCCGCCUUGCCCGGCGGCACGGGCGUGCGCGCCGGCCGGUCCCAGUCCCAGCCGUCCGCCGCCUGGCCCGUCGCCUACGGCCUCUGGUCCCUCGGCUGCGCGAGCCUGCUGUCCUACCGCUACUUCAUGCCCAAGAGCGUCGCGGGCGUGGCGUCGCCGGGCGUCGUCGCGGUCAAGGCGCUGUCGCUGGCGACGCUGCUCAGCGUCGGCACCUUCGCCACGGGCUUGGGGGCCCUCGCCGCGUACCUCGACGUGUCGUCGAUCGCCGAGUUCUCGGCCGUCGCGCGGUCGCGCGCGCCCGGCGCGCUCAAGGCCCUGGGCUACGAGCGCAGAGUCGCCGCGCCGUCGCCCGAGGCCGAGGCCGAGUGGCAAGCGAUCGACGCGACGAUCCGCGCGGCCUGGGACGCGGGCGACUGGUCCAAGUUCGACGAGGGCGUCCGCGCGUCCUUCGGGCUCUACUUCAAGGACGACGGCGCCGCCGCGCCGGCCGACGACGCGGCGGGAGGGCGGCCUAAGUCGUAG